GAGGCUGCGAGCCUCUUCGCUUGCGCCCUCGCUCCCUCCUCUCCUCCCUUCUUGCAGUGUGCAGCGAGGGGAAGACGGAGCGAAGGUGGGAGAUGGAGUCGCAGGGAACCCACCGCCGGGCAGGAGAAGCCCGCGGCGUCGUCGGCGGCGGAGGCACCACUUCCAUCGCUAAGCACGUUGGAAUCCAAAACCAGGUCUUGAAGUGGCUGCAAGAUUUUUCUGAUAAGGUGGAGGAGAGAGCUAAAGGAGCCGCUGCGGAGGUGAAUGGGUUGUUGGAGGAGGCCGGGACGCUGGAGCUGGAUAUGAAGACGGCGGUGCUUGCCUUCGACAACCUGACCCGGCAAAGGUUCACUGAACAUAAAAUUUCCGAUGAGGAUAACACCAACUUGAAAAUGAGGGACAAUAUACAAAGUUCGAUGCAGUCGCAAGUUCAAGCUCAGGAUUAUGAACGCGAUAUCUUACCAAGAUACAAAGAAGCAUUACAUAUAGGGCUUGCUUCCUGUAAGGAUCACUUUCGAAAAAAAGGCCGUUCUACCACCUCUGUUUUCAGGGCUAUGUCCACAAACGGUCCUCUUCCACAUAUUAUUGGUUCUGAAGAGUAUAAUCAUGAUAAUAGCUGUGGCUUGGCAGAUGAUGUGCAACCUUUAACUGAUGACUUCAGCUGGUUGCAAGAGUCUCAAGGGGAGUCUUCGGACUUUGGAGCUGGUGAUUUGUUUCAAUCUCAAAUGCCUGGGGUGCAGCAAGGUUUUGAGAAGGGGGAGACAGAAUCUCUGGUAUCUGCCGCACGAGAAUUUAAAGCAAUGUUGGAAGCUGCGCUUGUUAAUCCCUACAAGUUCUAUGAUGAUGUGAGUACGACAGCACAAGAUGCCUCUGUAGAAAAUACAAGCACAAGUGAUGUGCAUCAUAACACAGAUCCAGUUUCGUUGAUCAGGAUGGGUGAAGCAGCAGGUGAAAGAUCAACAGAAGCAGAUAAUGCUGAAGAGACAAAACUUCUAGCCAGCUUGCAAGACCCAGACAUCAAUGUUCACGACCUCUAUUCAGCCUUGGUUAGAGAGGGCCUGUUUGAUGCAGGUGAUGAGAUACUGGCUAUGGAUCCAGCAUCAGGCUCAGUUAAUCCUGCAACUGCUGAUUCAACUGAAAGGCCCUUCUCAAUGAAUGAAACUAUUCCAAGUGAGGACAAAAAAUCGAUUGAAGUGGACGACACAGCAUUUCCAUCAGACCAGAACGAUGGCGUUUCUGAAUCAUCCUAGGCAUGGCAGUGCUGAUGCUGGUUAAUCCUGUUGGGGUGUUCUUUACUAGAGGACGAUGAAGAAGAUCUUCACUGUAGAUCCUCUGCAGUGAAGAUCUCCUGUUUGUCAAUUGCACGGAUGCUGUUACGACUAGAAGAUUGCUGUAGACUGUACAGUUCAGUGCUAUAACAAAAGAAUACUAGGUGCAGUACUGCCUAUGAGUAGUUAUCCACUUGCUUGUGAGCACUGUCCAUUUGUGUACAGCAUCGCAGUGUAGCAUUUUCUUUUAUGGCAGCAUCAUUGCUUAUCACUAAUACAUUCAGGAACUAAGAUGAUAGCCUGGAAGAAC